AUGUUCCAGGGUCUGGGUGAUCCCUGCCCCGACAGGACUAGAGACGAGAGCACAUCCAUCUCCCCGCUGGGCGCCGUCCCUCUCAUCAUUCCGGCGGUCUUCACACCAAAGAACCAGCAGCCCACUGUCUCGCGUCAGCUAAGCGUCACGGCCUCUCUCCUCAGCGUUCCAGACCGGAAGCAGCCGGAGGCGUUUCCGGAAGUAGGGACUGAGGAAGGCGGAAAGGCUGGCGAGGCUUGGAGCGGCGGUGGGAACACUGCUGUGGGGGCUCGGCGCCUCUGGGUGCCCGCCACCCCAACCAAUUCCCGGUCGAGCAGCCUCCCUGCCCCUCCCCGCCAACUCCCUGGAUGGAUUCUCGGGACCCCGGCGAGCCGACCGGGCGGCCAGAACUCCCCUCAGCCGGCUGGUCGGUUUGAGGGUUGCUACGGCAACAGCCACUUCCGGGAGUGGGGGCUCGGGUCUGCCCUUGAGCCGUGGGCCCCACCCCGCGCCCUCAGACCGCGUUUCUCUGUUGCUCCUGGCAACAGCCACUUCCGGGAGAGGGUGCAGUUUCCCCCUGUCCCCCCGCCCCGUUCCAGCACCGCGAGCGCUCCAACGCAGGGUUCCGGCCUCCCGGCAACCGUUAGUCGGCGAUCUUCGCUGUCCGCCGGCGGGGGCGGGUGA